GUAAUCAUAAGAGUGAAGCUACACAAGCUUAUUGAAUAAGUGAAGAAAAUGUUGAUUGCAAUUCUUACUCUUGUGCUGUGUCUCUUAUCACUCCAUCACACAAAUUGCAAUAUAUUCUCUGGGAGAUGGGUCCAUCACCCCUCCUAUCCUCUCUAUGAUGCUUUAAAAUCUCCUUACAUUGUCAAACCAUUCAAUUGCAAACCAAACCGUAGACCAGACUCUGAUUAUCAGGAAUGGAGAUGGCAGCCAAAUGGCUGUGAUAUUCCAAGGUUCAGUGCAAGGGGCUUACUGGAGAAGCUGAGAGGGAAGAAAUUAAGGUUUGUUGGCGACUCCAUAAGCCAAAACCAGUUUUUGUCUCUCAUCUGCCUCGUCUCUAAAGAGUUCCCAACUACAUUCAUUCCGAGCAGUUAUAAGAAUGAUAAAUUCAUUUCUACUGUAUGCAGAUUGAUGGAUUCUAAAGUAUUUAUCGCAGUAAAGUACCACGCUCAAUCGGUAGGGAUUUUAUCCCGGGAGUUCCCACAGAUUAAGAAUCUGGAUUGUCGGUCGCCACCAUUUAAAGAAAAUCACUUGCCGCUGAAGCCACAGAUCGUUGGAAUCUCUGAAGAUAAUUGUUUUCUUCAUAGAGUUCUUUCCAUUGAAUUUUUCUGGGCUCCAUUUUUAGUUGAUCUUGAGAUCAAUCAUGAGAGGAAGAGAAUUGUUCACGUGGAUGAGAUCCAAAACAACUCAGUUCAUUGGAGAGCUGAUAUCUUCAUCUUUGAGUCAUCUAAAUGGUGGCGAGAGAAUUUGGGCAAACAAAGAUGGGACAUUAUCAUGGAAGGCCAAAAAAUUUAUACCGACAUGAAGCCACUGGUAGCUUACAAGAAGGCACUAAUUACAUGGUCACAUUGGGUAUCUUCAAAUGUGAAUCCCCAAACUCUGGUCUUCUUUCGCAGCAACUCAUACAGCCAUUAUAACAGGAAGAGAAGAUGCGCAAGUGAGAAGGAGCCCAUUGAAGAUCCCUCAUACAACCCUCAUCCAACUGUUUAUGCUGCCAUACUCCACCAAGUUCUGAGCACCACUAAAUUUCCAGUAAAAUUCUUCAAUGCCUCCCUUAACUCAGCAUUUCGCAAAGAUGGACAUCCAUCAAUCUACACGAGCCUUAACAUUAGUGCACCUGAGCACCAAGAUUGUACCCACUGGUGUUUGCCAGGCGUUCCUGAUAGCUGGAACCAACUAUUUUAUGCAACCUUAUUGGGGGCCUGACCAUUACACCUUACUGUUCUUCAAUAUGGGUGCAAUCAAAUUCUUCAUGAAUGUAGUUUUAAAAAGUAAAAAAUCUCAUUCUUCA